AUGCCACAACAUGUAGGCUCUACUCCCACUGAGGCCCAACACCAACUGAAGCUACCACAACCCUGUACGCUCCAACUACCACUGAAGCGCCACAACCACAGAAGCUGCGACAACCAUUCUUCUACCACUGAGGCCCCAACAACCACUGAAGUUGCCACAACCACUGUAGUUGUCACAACCACUGAAACUCCUAUUACCUCUGAGGAACCAGCGACCACUGAAGCUUCCACAACCACUGAAACUGCAACAACUACUGUAUCUCCUACUACUGAGGCACCAACAACAACUGAAUCUGCCACAACCACUGUAGCUCUAUCUACCACUGAGGCACCAACAACUGAAUCUGCCACAACCACUGAAGCUCAAGAAGAACCAAAGACCACUGAUGCUGCCACAACCACUGAAACUGCAACAACUACUGUAGCUCUUACUACCACUGAGGCACCAACCACUGAAUCUGCCACAACUACUGUAGCUCCUUCUACCACUGAGGCCUCAACAACCACUGUAGCCCCUUCUACCACUGAGCUCCACUACCACUACGGCCCCACAAACACUGAAUCUGCCACAACCACUGUAGCUUCUACUACCAAUGAGGCAGAAACAACUACUGAAUCUCCAGCAACCACAGAUUCUCCUACUACCAAAAAUGCCUUAACAACCACAGAAGCUGCGAAAACCACUGUAGUUCCUACUACCACUGAGGCAUCAACAACCACUGAAGCCCCUACUACCACCGAGGAACCAAAAACCACUGAAGCUGCAACAACCACUGUAGCUCCAACUACCACUCAGGCCCCAACAACCACUGAAGCUGCCACAACCACUGAAACUGUAACAACUACUGCAGCUCCUACCACUGAGGCACCAACAACCACUGAAGCUACCCCAACAACCACCGAGGAUGCCACAACCACUGUAGCUCCAACUACCACUAAGGCCCCAACAACCGCUGAAGCUCUCCAAUUACCACUGAGGCCCCAACCACCAAUGAAGCUGCCACAACCACUUGAGGCCCCAACAACCACCGAAGUUGCCACAACUACUAUAGUUCCUGCCACCACUGAGGCACCAACAUCAACUGAGGCAGUCACUAGUACUAAAGCUCCUAUUACCUCUGAGGAACCAAUGACCACUGAAGCUGCCACAACCACUGUAGCUCCAACUACUAUUAAAGCCCCAAUAACCACUGAAGCUGCAACAACCACUGUAGCUCCUAGUACCACUGAGGCCCCAACAACCACUGGAACUGCCACAAUCACUGUUACUACUACCAAUACUAAGGCACCAACAACGACUGAAGCUGCCACACUUACUGGAGCUCCUACUACUACUAAGGCCCCAACAACCACUGAGGGAUCAACAACCAACGAUUCUGCCACAACCACCGAGACCCCAACUCCCACCAAAGCUACAACUGAGACCAUAACCACUGAAGCUACCACAACCACCGAGGCCCUAACAACUACUGAAACCCCUACCACCACUGAUGCUCUAACAACUACUGAAGCUGCCACAAAUACUGAACGCCUGAGAAGUACAGUAGCUUCCACUUCCACUGAAGCACUAUCAACAGUAGAAUCUUCUGUUACUGCCCUUACAGAAACUCCUUCACCUUCCUCAUCGACUUCAGUCUCUACUACUACUGAAGCACCAGAAAACACUACAGAUUCAACUAUUUCACUCUACACUACCACUGAAGCCAAAACAACAACUUUAGCCACCACUGCCAGCACCACCGCCGUCCUUGCUAAAACUUUGGCUCCAACUACCACUGAAACUAUCACAACUACUGAGGCUAAGGCAACAACCACUUCCUCCCCAGUUACCACCAAAACCAUAACAAUCACUUCAAGUCCAACAACCACUGAGGGCACAACAACCACUGAAACCCUAACAACUACUUUCGCUGAUACUACUACUGAUGCUGUAACAAUCACUAUCUCUUCUACUAUCACUGAGGCCCCACCAACCACUGUAGUUUCCACUAUCACCGGAACGCCAACAAUCACUAAAACUGCCACAAUGACUCUAGCUCCUACUACCACUGAGGCCCUAAUAACCACUAAACCUGGAACAACUACUAAAAAAGCAUCAAUUACUGAGGUUGCUACUAGCACUAUUUCUCCUACUAACAUAACCACUAUAGUUCUCACUACCACUGAGGGACCAACAACCACUGAGGCAGCAGCAACCACUGUGGCUCCAACUACUACUGAGGCUCCAACAACCACUAAAGCUCCCACAACCACUCCCUACAUAACACUGAAGCUGCCACAAACCACUGAAACUCCUAUACCAAUGAGGCCCCAACAACCAAUGAAUGAAACUGUCCAAACCACUGUACCCUACACCAUGAGAAGCCCUACUACCACUGUAGGUCCCAACAACAUUGAAACGCCACAACACUGGUCGCUCCUACUAACCACCGAAAACGGCCACAACCACUGUAGCUCCACCCACCCACUGAUGCCCCAAAAACCACUGAAGCUACCACAACCACUGUUAGCUCCUACACCAUGA